GCGGCCGAGCAAGGGAGGCUGUGGCGGGCGGGAGGGCGAGCACGGAGGCCGAGGCCGCGGCCCGGGCUCUCCGCGCCGCUGUGGAGGGCGCCCUGGCCCUGGCCGAGCCGCAACAAUAGUGGGAGCGGGUCGUCGGGAACGGUCGGCUGGCGAGGGGAAGCGGGGCCGCCGCUCCAGGGCGCUGCGGCGGGAGAGACUUUGGGAGCCUGGACGUGCAGGAGCACACAGCGCCUGAGGAAAUUGUCUCAGAAAAAGGCCGGUCUGAGGCUGGGGCUGAGCGCGGGGCUGGGCUAGGUGGAGCGACCUGCAGGUCGAAAAGGAAAAGAACGUUUAAGAUUUCCUGCGGUUUUGGCCAAUGCUACCGUUUUGAAGGUAAAAAGCAUUGCGCUUCAGGUGUUUUGUGGAUUUGUGUGUGUGUGUGUUUGUCUGCACAAUUGGCUCAUUUCAGAAUUCAAAACCUUUAAUAUAGAAGAUCGUCGUUUUGUUUUGAUCGUUAAGAAAUCCACAGAUUUUGCUUCCCAGGGCUGCAUUGGACUUAGUGUUGUGUACACAUUGCUGUAUGGUUUUAUUUAUUUUAACUGUGCAAAUCAUCUGGAAGAUUUUUUUUCUCCCAAGUGCCAUUUCGGAUUUGUUCAGCUCUUUUUUUGUUUUGUUUUGUUUUUCCUUCCCUGGAAUAAUUCUGCUGUUGGCAUUUUAAGCAUUUGGAAACCAGAGAUUUUUCAACCUUUGGAGCAUAAGGCUUCUCUGUCAACAGAAGGACAGCUGGGAAAACUCGAUUGGAAGGAUGGUUUUUAUCUGUCGGCAACGAAGACUGAUAUUUUGAAGUUACAUUCUUUCUGUGGUUCGUUUUUUAGCCCGUAGUGCUAACCUUGAAGAGAUUUGUGGUUAACAGUUUGGUUUCUGAGAAGGUCAUAGUUCUUCCUCUUUUGUUUCUUUUUCUUUCUUUUUUCUUUUUAAAGCAAGGGGAGGGUAAAGGGUCAAGAAAGGAGACCAUGUUAACCGGUAGAAGUAGAAUGGCGCUACAGUUACCAGGAUCCUGACAGCUGGAAGAAAAGGAUUCCGUCUUCAACUUGGGAGGCCUUCCUCACACCUUCCUUAAAAAUUGCAAGGGACUCAGGUCUGAUCAAGACACCCAAAGACGCUACAGGAUUCCGGAACUGUGGAGACACUGAGAAACCAUGAGCAUACGACUACCCCAUAGUAUAGACAGGUUAAGUAGCCUGUCUUCUCUGGCAGACAAACCUGAACGCACAUCUCCUUCCCACCACCGCCAGUCCUCUGACACCUCAGAGACAACAGGUCUUGUUCAACGCUGUGUCAUCAUCCAAAAGGACCAGCAUGGCUUUGGUUUCACAGUUAGUGGAGACCGCAUUGUGCUGGUACAGUCUGUGCGCCCUGGAGGUGCAGCCAUGAAAGCUGGUGUGAAAGAGGGUGACCGGAUCAUCAAAGUGAACGGCACCAUGGUGACCAAUAGCUCACACCUGGAGGUGGUGAAGCUUAUCAAAUCUGGCGCCUAUGUUGCACUUACCCUCCUGGGCUCUUCUCCUUCCUCCAUUGGUGUCUCUGGGCUCCAGCAGAGCCCGCCUCUGGCAGGAGUGCCCAAAGUUAACUCCAUGACUCCUCUACCACCUCCUCCUCCACCCUUGCCACCUCCACAGCACAUUACAGGACCCAAACCUCUGCAGGAUCCUGAAGUCCAAAAGCAUGCCACUCAAAUCCUCAGGAAUAUGCUGAGGCAGGAAGAAAAAGAGCUACAGCGUAUCUGUGAGGUGUAUAGUCGGAAUCCCGCCAGCCUGCUAGAAGAGCAAAUUGAAGGUGCCCGGCGGCGAGUCACUCAGUUACAGCUGAAGAUCCAGCAGGAGACUGGUGGCUUAGUGGACGUACUUCCACUCUAUGGUGACAACAGCCAGAGAACAUCUGAAGGCCGCCUCUCUCUGGAUUCCCAGGAGGCAGACAGUGGCUUGGACUCUGGGACAGAACGCUUUCCCUCUAUCAGUGAGUCGUUGAUGAAUCGGAACUCAGUUUUGUCAGACCCUGGACUAGACAGUCCUCAAACCUCCCCUGUAGUCGUGGCCAGAGUGACCCAGCACCACAGGCGACAGGGCUCAGAUGCACUGCUGCUCCCACACAACGACCAGAGUGUAGAUCAAGGCCCAAAGCCUCUGAUAAUUGGCCCAGAGGAAGAUUAUGACCCAGGUUGUUUCAGCAAUGAGAGUGACAUCAUCUUCCAAGAUCUUGAAAAACUUAAGUCACAUCCAGCUUACCUGGCAGUUUUUCUACGUUACAUAUUCUCUCAGGCAGACCCUGGCCCCCUGCUUUUUUAUUUGUGUUCAGAAGUUUAUCAACAGACAAAUCCCAAAGAUUCCCGGAGUUUGGGGAAAGACAUCUGGAAUAUUUUCCUAGAGAAAAAUGCGCCUCUCAGAGUGAAGAUUCCUGAGGUGUUGCAGGCUGAAAUUGACCUGCGCCUACGGAACAGUGAGGACCCCCGCAGUGUUCUCUGUGAAGCUCAGGAAGCAGUCAUGCUGGAGAUCCAGGAACAGAUGAAUGACUACAGAUCAAAGCGUACUCUGGGGCUGGGCAGCCUGUAUGGUGAAAAUGACCUGCUAGACCUGGAUGGGGACCCUCUUCGGGAGCGCCAAAUGGCAGAGAAGCAACUAGCUGCCCUUGGAGAUAUCUUGUCCAAGUAUGAGGAAGACCGGAGUGCUCCCAUGGACUUCGCUGUUAAUACCUACAUGAGCCAUGCUGGGAUUCGUCUUCGGGAGUCACGACACUCCAGCACAGCAGAAAAGGCCCAGUCUGCCCCUGACAAGGACAAGUGGCUGCCUUUCUUCCCUAAGACCAAGAAGCAGAGCAGCAAUUCCAAGAAAGAAAAGGAUGCGUUGGAGGACAAGAAGCGAAAUCCCAUCCUCAGAUACAUUGGGAAGCCCAAAAGCUCUUCUCAGAGCGCAUUUCAUAUUUCCUUGUCCCCUGUGGAAGUUAAGCCAGGCAAUGUGAGGAACAUCAUUCAGCACUUUGAGAACAGCCAUCAGUAUGAUGUCCCAGAGCCGGGGACACAGCGACUCUCAACAGGAAGCUUUCCUGAGGAUCUGCUGGAGAGUGACAGUUCACGCUCAGAGAUUCGCCUGGGCCGUUCUGAGAGCCUUAAGGGCCGGGAAGAGAUGAAGCGAUCUCGGAAAGCGGAGAAUGUGCCCCGAUCUCGAAGCGAUGUUGACAUGGAUGCUGCUGCUGAGGCCACUCGCCUUCAUCAGUCAGCUUCAUCCUCUGCCUCCAGCCUCUCCACCAGGUCUCUUGAGAACCCAACCCCUCCCUUCACCCCCAAAAUGGGCCGCAGGAGCAUCGAGUCCCCGAAUCUGGGGUUCUGUUCAGAUGUCAUCCUUCCCCACCUCCUGGAGGAUGAUCUUGGCCAGCUGUCUGACCUGGAGCCAGAGCCAGAGGUUCAAAACUGGCAGCAUACAGUAGGCAAGGAUGUGGUAGCAGGGCUGACACAGAGGGAAAUUGAGCGGCAAGAGGUCAUCAAUGAGCUGUUUGUGACAGAGGCAUCCCACCUGCGCACACUCCGGGUCCUGGACCUCGUCUUCUACCAGCGCAUGAAGAAGGAGAACCUAAUGUCUCGGGAAGAGCUGGCAAGGCUCUUCCCCAAUCUGCCCGAACUCAUAGAAAUUCACAAUUCCUGGUGUGAAGCCAUGAAGAAGCUCCGGGAGGAAGGCCCUAUUAUCAGAGAUGUCAGUGACCUCAUGCUGGCUCGGUUUGAUGGUCCUGCCCGAGAGGAACUCCAACAAGUAGCUGCACAAUUCUGUUCCUAUCAGUCAGUAGCCCUAGAACUGAUCAAGACUAAGCAACGCAAGGAGAGUCGGUUCCAGCUCUUCAUGCAGGAGGCUGAGAGCCACCCUCAGUGCCGGCGGCUGCAGCUUCGAGACCUUAUCAUCUCUGAAAUGCAGCGGCUUACCAAGUACCCACUGCUGCUAGAGAGCAUCAUCAAGCACACAGAGGGUGGCACAUCUGAGCAUGAGAAGCUGUGCCGUGCCCGGGACCAGUGCCGAGAGAUUCUCAAGUUUGUGAAUGAAGCAGUGAAGCAAACAGAGAACCGUCACCGAUUAGAGGGCUACCAGAAGCGCCUGGAUGCCACUGCCCUAGAGCGGGCCAGCAACCCGUUGGCAGCAGAGUUCAAGAGCCUGGAUCUUACAACAAGGAAGAUGAUCCAUGAGGGGCCCCUGACCUGGAGGAUCAGCAAGGAUAAGACCCUGGACCUCCAGGUGCUGUUACUGGAGGACCUGCUGGUGCUGCUGCAGAGACAAGAGGAAAGGCUGCUGCUGAAGUGCCACAGCAAGACAGCUGUGGGCUCCUCAGACAGCAAGCAGACCUUCAGCCCUGUGCUGAAACUCAAUGCUGUGCUUGUCCGCUCCGUGGCCACAGAUAAACGAGCCUUCUUCAUCAUCUGCACCUCUGAGCUGGGCCCUCCCCAGAUCUAUGAGCUGGUUGCAUUGACAUCAUCAGACAAGAAUAUAUGGAUGGAGCUCUUAGAAGAGGCCGUGCGGAAUGCCACCAAGCACCCUGGAGCUACCCCAAUACCUACCCAUCCCUCACCACCAGAAUCCCAGGAGCCAGCCUCGCAGGGCUCUGCCCCCAGCAGGGUAGAAACUAGUGACUCAGAAGUAUACCAUGCUGAACCAGAACCCAAGGAACAACCUGGAGGCCCUGGGCCCCAGCGGAGAGUUCAAGAGAAGCAGCUGGUAGUACAAGAGGAGCAUGAGCAGGAGGAGGAUGCAGAGGAGCUGAGAGCCCUGCCUUCCCCUCCGACCUCCCUGGACGGAGAAAACAGAGGCAUCAGGACAAGGGACCCUGUCCUUCUGGCCCUCACAGGUCCUCUGCUCGUGGAGGGGCUUGCUGAUGCUGCCCUGGAAGAUGUGGAGAGCUUGCGGCACAUGAUCCUGUGGAGCCUGCUGCCCGGUCACAAUGUGAAGACUCAGGCUGCUGGCGAGCCCGAGGAUGACCUCACACCUACCCCUUCUGUGGUCAGCAUCACCUCUCACCCCUGGGACCCAGGGUCCCCAGAGCAAGCUCCCACUAUAAGUGACAACACCCAGCUUCUAAGGCCAGAGGGGAGCCAGCCAGACAGGGAGGAUGCCACUUUCUGUUCUCUGGCACACCUGCCCCCAAGGACCAGAAACUCUGGCAUCUGGGACUCUCCUGAGCUGGAUAGGAAUCCAGCUGAAGAGGCUUCAAGCACAGAUCCAACAGGAAGUUACAAAGUUGUAAGAAAAGUCUCUCUACUCCCUGGUGGUGUCGGUGCAGCCAAGGUGGCGGGCAGCAAAAUUACCCCUGAACUACCAGAGAGUGGCCAGUCAGAAUCUGAGCUAUCUGAAGUGGAAGGCGGAGCACAGGCUACGGGGAACUGUUUUUAUGUCAGCAUGCCAGCAGUACCUCUGGACUCCAACACUGAGCCUACUGGGAUACCCCAAAGUCCCUCACAGCCUCAUAGCCCCCCUACAUGGCCAGCAGAGCCUCAGCACCAGAGGGGAGGCAUUGGGAAUCAAACAUGUUCCAGCCUGGUCCUCAGGGAUGUGGGUGUGAUCUUCCAUACAAUCGAGCAGCUCACCGUCAAGCUUCAGAGACUCAAGGACCUGGAGCUGGCCCACAGGGAGCUGCUCAAGUCCCUCAGAGAGUCAUCUGGUGGUACCACACCUGUGGACACUUUCCACACAGAGGCAGCCAGAUGGACAGACCAUUCCCUCUCUCCAGCCAAGGAAGCUCUGGCCUCUGACUCCCAAAACAGUCAGGAACGGAGGUCCUGCCCCGAAGAAGGCUUCACUACCCCCCUGGAAGACAGUGCCACAGACACAGCUGCGUCCCCAGGACCAUAACCAUCCAGACAGCCAGAGCCGUCUGCUUCUCCACUGUGCUGGAGUUUGGCCUGAGCCAGAGCACAACACUAGGAGACCCAAGCUCCCCACCCCCCACCCUGAAAGAUGCCGCAGAACCGGGGAGGCCGCAUGUUGCCUGGUCUGUUCACACUGGACAGAGUCCAGUUUCCGUGUCUCUUCUUCCUGUUAGCCCAAAUCUCUAUGGCUUUCAUCUCCUAAGCAUGCUGACCACAACAGAAAGGCUCCCCACAAGGGUCUAUGCUUCCACCCCACAUAGCCAUACAGCAUGUGUGGGGUGUGCCGUGUGCACAGUGCCCUCAGGUGUGCAAGUCAAAGGAGGAGGCUUAUGUGUAAAUGCACUUUUUUCUCCCCUUCUUCCUAGGCCCAAGACAGCUGGGUGCCCAGCUCUUCUGUUUGUCUCUUUAGUUUCUUACAAAUAUGUCUGUUGUAUGUGCAUCUUUGCCACUGUAAAUAAUAACUUAGCCUUUUUCUGUUCCUGGCAUGCUCAACCAGUCAGAGAGAGACAGCUUAGAGAGCAGGUAGCAGCCCAGCUCAGGGCCAUGACCGUCUAUGUCCCAGAGGCAGGAAGAUCUCCCAGACUCGGCCCUGUCAAGCCUUGGGGCCUGCCUCUGAAGCCUAGGCCUUCUCAUUGUCAUGAGAUACCCCUGCAGGGAGCUUCUUACCCAGCCCACCUCUUCCCCACUUGCCCCAUAGAAACAAAUACAGCAGGUACGGAGCUCAAAACAGACCCCGAGAGAUGUGGAUUGGAUUGCAGGAGUCCCUGAAUUAAGUCAGGGCCUUCCCCAGGGGCCAUAGCAUCAUUGGAUCAUCCAUUCCCCACUGGUGAACAUACACACUGUGCUAGGUGUAUAUAUACAUAUAUAUAAAUAUAUAUAAUAUAUAAAAUAUAGAUAUGGAAAUGACUGUUUUGCUGUUAAAAUAAUGUAUACUCUUAUUUUCUUCCUUUCAUGGUUAAGAUUUUUUUAAAGAAAAGUUAAAUAUU